AUGAGAGUAGUUGGAUCAUUUGAACUGAAUGUGAUUACAUCAGUUACUACUCAGGUAUCUUCUUUAGCCAACAUGAUAAAUACGAUGCAAAAGUCUAGUGAGGUGAAAGAGCUGAAAGCAACUAGGUUAUCUUGUGUUUACUGUGGUGAGGAUCACAUUUUUAAAGAGUGUCCCUCAAACCCAGCAUUUGUCUACUAUAUGGGCAACUUGAAUAUGAACAACAACCCUUAUUCCAACACGUAUAAUCUUGAUAGAGUUGACAAGGGUGUUGCUGAAACAACGAAUUUAGAAUCUAAUCAAAGCAAAACUCUUGAACAAUACAAGAAGAGUAACACAAAUGUGAAAAUUGGACCAAGUAAUGCCAAAGCAAAUUCAAAUAGCAUUGGUGAACAUAAUUCCUGGUGGGCAAGAAAGUCACUACAACCUGAAAUUCACGCAUCCCUACCAUUUCCCCAACGAUUUCAGAAUCACAGAUACGACCAACAAUUCAGGCAAUUCUUGGAUUUCCUUAAGCAACUUCACAUCAAUAUACCUUUGGUGGAAGCCUUGGAGCAAAAUCCUAACUAUGUCAGGUUUAUGAAAGACAUACUUCCAAGGAAGAGACAAUUGAGAGAAUUCAAAAUAGUCGCAAUGAAUGAAUGGUGCACUGCUAUGCUGACAAAUAAAUUGCCUCCAAAGUUCAACGACCUAGAAAGCUUCACAAUACCUUACUCAAUUGGUAACAAAUUUUUUGUGAAGGCCUUGUGCGAUUUAGUAGCGAGCAUAAACCUUUUGCCCAUGUCCGUGUUCAAAAAUUUGGGAAUUGGUGAAGUAAGACGCACCACUAUGACCUUGCAAUUGGUAGAUCAAACAUAUGUACACCCAGAAGGUAAAAUAGAAGAUGUCCUGGAAAGGGUAGAUAAAUUCAUUUUUCUUGCUAAUUUCAUUGUAUUAGACUGUGAAGCUGACAAAGAUGUGCCUAUUAUUCUAGGUAGACUUUUUCUUACAAUAGGAUGA